GUGUGUGUGUGUGUAUGUACAGUGUAUAUAUACAUGUUUACAUUAUCUAUGUGAGGGUUGUGUAGUGUAUACUGAGAGAACCUGUUUGUAUUCCAAAUAUAUCAGAAAAAUACAGAGCUAAAUAACAUACUGGAGUAGUAUUAGCAAAGUGAGUGCUACACUCCUGUUGCUAAGUGAGAUGGACAGAUGUUACAAAGAGUACAAUUAAUACUCUGCUCACGUCCCUAAGCCAGAAAGAGUUUUAAAUAUAAUUAUAUAUAAUUCUUGAGAAAUUAUAUGCUACAAAUUAACCCAGAAUUAAAGACUCCAUGAAAACAGAAAGCAUUUGGCUAGUCUUAAUAGAACAAAACCUUUAUUAGGUUGCCAAAAAAUGCUUGGAAAAUUAGCCCAGGACACAGACCUGUCUGAAACCACAGGAAAAGGAGACACUAUUAAUCAGGAAUUAGCUGGACACCAAUUGGGACCAAGUGGAUCACUCCUCCAAUAGCUCAAAGUGACCAUAUUUACCACCUCAAACUCAUGUUUUUCGUGUUUCUUAUGGCUGUGUAAAUAAGGAAUGUGGUUGACCUGCAUAAGACAUCCAUCAGAUCAGAUUCCAAAUGGGAGUUAGGUGAUUGCCUGGAGGGGCACGUGUUCCCUGAGCUGCAGGCAAGGAGCUCAGGGAGGGGCUGACAGAAAAUAGUGGCUUUGUCGACCUCUUCUCCCUCUUGCUCCCACAAAUGUGAGUGUUUUCCCCUAUCUGGGGACAUUGUUUCAUUGGUAUUGAUGCAAUGUUUUGUUUCUUACUGUGCUGCGAGGAAUGAUUUUGUAAGUUUUUUCUCUGUCAAUCAGUACUGAGUGAAUUGCUUGUUGCUUUAAUAUUUGCUGAGCAGGUUCCAGGCCAGCCAAUUUCUGAGUGUGUUUUGCUUGAGCAGGUAAGUCAGGCUAUGCCUGAGCAGGCUGCAGAGCAAUGGGUUUGAUUUCAGGGGUGUUGCUUCAUGGGCACUGCACAGACUUAGAGAACCUCAGAAUGGUCUGGGUUGGAAAGAAACUUAAAGCUCAUCCCAUCCCACUCCCUGCCAUAGGCAGGGACACCUUCACUUUCCCAGGCUGCUUUGACCUGGAACACUUCCAGGGCUGGGACAGCCACAGCUCCCCUGGGAACCCUGGGCCAGCAUCUCCCAGAUGUGCCUGGUAAGGAGCAAGCACAGUGAACCAGACCUUGUUAAACCUUUACAAAACACAGGUGUAAAACUCAUCAUCUGUGAUUCUGGAUGACUCCAUAUCCAUGCCAGCCUUCCUGCCAUGCUGUCCCUAUGGAGCAAUUAAAUUAAUCAAUAAUAACAACUUUUUAAAAACACUGGUUAGUUUAGAAGCCUGAGGAGAGAAUGACUGUUAAUAUAAUUAGAUUUCCAGCUCCAGUUUCCAGGUCAGGAUAUUAUGGACACGUUUGUUCCUAUCACAUUUGCUUUGUGGUUCAGUAUGAAUUUUCAAUAGAUGACUUUGUGAUAAGAAAGCAGCAAUUCAGAUGCAAUUAUAUAAACAGUAAGAUCAGCCUGGAAUUAGCCUGGAGAGUAUAAAGCACAUACAGAGCUGGUGCUGGGUCACUGCCUCUCCAAGCUCAAGGCAGAAUCAGGUUCCUGUAAUAGGGAAGAAUUCUGCUGACAAGAGGUUGGUCUUUCCAGACUGGUGUUGUCGCAGAUACAGGGUAAACCAGCCUGUGUAAUGGAUGGCUUUGCUGUGGGAAACUGGCAGCUGGGAGAGACUAGAGGGUGAUGUCCAGAUGUUGCUAGACACUGUCAUUUAAAGUUUAUAAUUUAGAGGCUCUAGAGUAGUUUCCUGAAAUUGUCUUGGAGUUAAUCAAGGCUUUGUUCUCAGGAUCUCCCCCGCAGGUCUGAGAAACUAGGUCAGCACAACAGACAGAUAAAGCAGGAUCCACUGAAUUGAACUCUUUGCUGAUGUUCUUUAUUGUAAUUUGCUUGAAUCUAUUAUUUAAUUCUUGGCUGUGUUCCCAUCUUAUCACGCCUCUAAGCCACUGGAAAUUGAAAAAUCCAGUUUUAUGCCUGAUACGCACAGCCUUGUCUUCUUGUCUCUUUAACAUGUUAUAAGAUGCUUUCUUUAGAAAAUUGUUUUAAAGCAGUGAGAUUAUUUUAAUAUCUCUGCUUAAUUCUAGAGCUCAUGUUCUCUUACAUGUCACACAUUCCAAUCUUUCAGCCCUUCUUAUUUGUUCUGUGUCAGGAUUUUAUCACUCACUAGUGAGAAGUGUAAUAUGGUUCAGUGGAGGGAAAGUGAAUUUGUUCUGUGUUGUUAAUGGCCUCUUUGCUCUUGUUCUCUGUUUAAUGGUCAGUAUUACUUCAGUAAGGACUGAGAUUGGAAAGAAACUGUCAGACUGUAACUAGAAAGGUUAAGAUUACUCUAAUCUUAACCUUAACCAGGACAGACUGUCCUGGCUGUUCCUGUCAAAUGCCAAGGACAGGGAUGGAAGGCACAUCCCAUUUUACCUGUGGUUUGUUCAUUCUUCCCCAUCCAGCAUGAGUUCCUUCUUUGUGAUGUCUCUCCUUUUUGGCCUGAUUUUCGGACAAACAGCAUCACUCUGUGCUCCUUCUGAGUACACAAUCCAUGUGGAGAAACGGGAAUGUGCCUAUUGCCUGGCCAUCAACACCACCAUCUGCGCUGGAUUCUGCAUGACUCGGGACAGCAAUGGCAAGAAGCUGCUCCUCAAGAGUGCUCUGUCCCAGAACGUGUGCACGUACAAAGAGAUGUUGUACCGGACAGCGCUGAUCCCAGGCUGCCCUCACCACACCAUCCCCUAUUACUCCUACCCCGUGGCUGUGAGCUGCAAGUGUGGCAAGUGCAACACUGACUACAGUGACUGUGUCCGUGAGAGGGUCAGGACAAAUUACUGCACUAAGCCACAGAAGCUCUGUAACCUGUAAAGCUUUCAGUGGGCUGCAGGAGAAAUGUACUGCUCUGCUCACACCCGAACUGAAAUAAAAGUGAAUUUCAUAUUCGGUUUGCAAA